AUGUCCGUGUCACAAUAUGGUGCUGCAAAUUCCGCUGAUAUCGACUCAAUCUCAGGAUCGAAAAUGCACUUGACGAAAUGCUACUUACAGCGGCGACAUCUUGUCGUGAUAUUGGCAUUUUUGGGAUUUGCCAAUAUCUACGCAAUGAGGGCAAAUUUAUCAGUCGCCAUCGUUCAAAUGACUAGCGAUACGGUUGUUACCACUAUAAACGGAAAGCAAGUGAGGAAAGCUGAGUUCGAGUGGGAUACAGUAGCACAAGGUGCUAUUCUGGGAGCAUUUUUUUAUGGCUAUUUUUUAACACAACUUCCUGGUGGUUAUUUGGCGCAUCAUUACGGUGGAAAAUUCAUUUAUUGCACAAGUGUUUUCGGUACUGCUGUUUUCACUCUGCUUUCUCCUCCAUUAGCAAAACUUGGAAAAGGUUCAUUAAUUAUCGCAAGAUUUUGGGAAGGACUUUUUGAGGGUAUAUCAUAUCCAGCAAUGCAUACUAUAUUGGGAAACUGGGCACCAACAAUGGAAAAAACUCGGAUGAGCGCUAUUUCAUACUCUGGUUCCUAUUUCGGAACAGUCAUAGCAAUGCCUGUAUCAGCUAUUGUUGGUCAUCAUUUCGGAUGGCCAUCCAUAUUUUAUUUCUUCGGGAUAUCCGCUUUGUUAUGGUGCUUUUUAUGGGUCAAAAUGUUUUAUGAUUUGCCGGAAAACGAUCCAAAUAUAAGCACGGAUGAGCUAACGUUGUUAAAGCGCGAAACUAAACAAGCAGCAAGUUCUAUUGUUCCAUGGAGGCGCAUUCUUUCAAGUAAAGCCGUUUGGGCCAUUGUUAUCGCACAUGUGUGUCAGAAUUGGGGAUUUUAUAUAAUGUUGACAAGUUUGCCACGGAUAAUAGAAAAUUCGCUUAGUUACGACCGUGAAGAAGCUGGAUCUCUAUCGUCUCUUCCGUAUUUUGUAAUGGGCGCUGUGCUUUUAACCGCCGGUGGUUUCGCUGAUUAUCUUAGGAAAAGCUGUAUGUGGUCUACUACAAAAGCCAGAAAAGUUUUCUGCUGUUUAGGAUUAUUAGGGGAAUCAGCAUUUCUGUUGCUAGCAACCGCAGAAAUGCACAAGUUAUUGGUGCUUAUUUCACUGAUAAUUUCUGUUGGUUUGGGUGGUCUUUCAUGGAGUGCAUUCUCCGUCAAUUAUCUCGAUAUCGCUCCGCAGUAUGCUGGUCACCUUAUGGGUUUUUCGAACACAUUAGCUACAUUGCCAGGGAUGAUUAGCCCGCUAUUUGUUGGUGCAGUCGUCAAAAAUCAGUUGCGCAGUGAAUGGCAUGCCGUGUUCUUUUUUACAUCAGGCAUUUAUAUAUUUGGCUCAUUUAUGUUUUGGCUUUGGGCAAAAGGUGACUUAGAGGAAUGGUCUUCACAUCAAGCUGGUUUGUCACAAACUGACAGCUGA